AACGCGCGGCAGGUGCUGUCAGAUUCGGGCUCGGUUGAGACUCCUGCUCUGCGCUCCGAUUCCGAACCCAAUCCCGGGCACCAUGCUGUGGGCCGCCAGCCAGGCUGUCAGGAGAUUCUCCACCACGGCGGCCCGUUACCUAAAUGUAGCUUUAAUCGGCCAGAGUCUGUUCGGGCAGGAGGUUUACAGUAACCUGCGGAAACAAGGACACAAGGUUGUGGGAGUGUUUACAGUCCCAGACCGGGAUGGGAAGGCUGAUCCUCUGGCUGUUGCAGCAGAGAAGGAUGGGACACCAGUAUUUAAGUUUCCCAAAUGGAGGCUGAAGGGAAAACCUAUUGUUGAUGUUGUUGAGGCCUAUAAAUCGGUUGGAGCAGAACUAAAUGUGCUCCCGUUCUGCAGUCAGUUUAUCCCUAUGGAUGUUAUUAAUCACCCGAGGCAUGGAUCGAUAAUCUACCACCCAUCACUACUUCCUCGUCACAGAGGUGCUGCUGCUAUAAACUGGACUCUUAUUCAUGGAGAUAAGGUCGGAGGUUUCUCCAUUUUCUGGGCAGAUGAUGGACUGGAUACUGGACCCAUUCUUCUGCAGAGACAAUGUGAUAUUGACCCAAAUGAUACCGUGGACUCGCUGUACAACCGCUUCCUGUAUCCUGAAGGAAUUAUAGCAAUGGUGGAAGCUGUGCAGCUAAUUGCAGAAGGGAAAGCACCUCGAAUAACUCAACCUGAAGAAGGAGCAACAUAUGAAGGAAUUCAGAGGAAAGAGAAUUCAAAGAUUUCCUGGGAUCAGCCAGCAGAAGCCAUACAUAACUGGAUUCGGGGCCAUGAUAAAGUACCUGGAGCAUGGACUCUCAUUAAUGGACAGGCAAUCACUUUGUAUGGUUCAUCCAUGUAUAAAGGUACAAUCCCAUCAGGCCAGCCGUUGGAGAUCAAUGGUGCCAGCAAGUCUGGCUUGGUAACCAGCAAUGGGCUGGUUCUCUUUGGCAAUGAUGGAAACAUGUUGGUGGUUCGAAACCUUCAGUUUGAAGAUGGGAAAAUGAUUCCUGCCUCCAAAUAUUUCUCUUCUGGCGACAGUGUCGCCGUGGAACUGACUGAAGAAGAAAAGAAAGUCGCUGAGGAUAUAAAGGCUAUCUGGAAGUCAAUUCUGAGCAAUGUUGAUGUCAUUGAGGAUGCCACAGAUUUCUUCAAAUCUGGAGCAGCUUCCAUGGAUGUGGUCAGGCUGGUUGAAGAAAUCAAACAGAAAUGCAGUGGCCUGCAGCUGCAGAAUGAAGAUGUUUACAUGUCAACAAAGUUUGAGGAUUUCAUCCAAAUGGUUGUGAAGAAACUGAGAGGAGAGGAUGAAGAGGAGGAACUGGAGGUGGAUUAUGUUACGAUGGAUGUAAAUGACAUGACUGUGAAAAUGCCACACCAGUGCUUCAUAGAUGGCAGGUUUACAAGUUCAGAGGAUGGAAAGACAUACAAUACCAUCAAUCCCACUGAUAGCUCCGUGAUCUGUGAAGUGUCCUAUUCAUCGGUUGCUGAUGUUGAUAGAGCUGUGGCAGCAGCAAAGGAUGCAUUUGAAAAUGGACAGUGGGGAAAGAUGAAUGCAAGGGACAGAGGGAGAUUGUUGUACCAACUUGCAGAUCUGAUGGAGGAGCACCAGGAAGAACUUGCCACCAUCGAGGCCAUUGAUUCAGGGGCUGUGUACACUCUCGCUCUCAAGACACAUGUUGGAAUGUCCAUUCAGACAUUCAGAUACUUUGCAGGAUGGUGUGACAAGAUCCAGGGUUCUACAAUCCCCAUUAAUCAAGCACGUCCCAAUCGUAAUUUAACAUUUACAAAGAAGGAACCACUUGGUGUCUGUGCGAUUAUCAUUCCCUGGAAUUACCCACUCAUGAUGCUGGCUUGGAAGAGUGCAGCAUGUCUGGCUGCAGGAAACACGUUAGUACUGAAACCAGCACAGGUGACUCCACUAACUGCACUGAAGUUUGUUGAAUUGGCAGCACGAGCUGGUUUACCAAGAGGAGUCAUCAACAUUCUUCCUGGAUCAGGUGGCCUUGUUGGACAGCGGCUGUCUGAACACCCAGAUAUUCGCAAACUGGGAUUCACAGGAUCCACCCCAAUUGGAAAACAGAUCAUGAAAAGCUGUGCUGUGAGUAAUCUGAAAAAGGUCUCUUUGGAACUGGGUGGAAAAUCGCCGCUCAUCAUCUUCAAUGACUGUGACCUUGACAAGGCUGUGAGAAUGGGAAUGGGAGCGGUCUAUUUCAAUAAGGGGGAGAACUGCAUUGCUGCUGGCCGUUUGUUUGUUGAAGAGUCUGUCCAUGAUGAAUUUGUUCGGCGAGUGGUUGAAGAGAUUAAGAAGAUGAAAAUUGGUGAUCCUUUGAACAGGUCAACAGAUCAUGGACCACAAAACCAUAAAGCUCAUCUGGAAAAGCUGCUUGAAUAUUGUGAAAUUGGAGUGAAGGAAGGAGCAACACUGGUAUAUGGGGGAAAAUCCGUUUUACAACCUGGUUUCUUCAUGGAGCCAACAGUGUUCACUGAUGUGGAGGAUGACAUGUUCAUUGCCAAGGAGGAAUCUUUUGGACCAGUGAUGGUCAUUUCUAAAUUCAAAGAUGGAGAUGUUGAUGGAGUAUUGCAUCGGGCAAAUAAUACAGAGUUUGGUUUAGCAUCGGGAGUUUUUACAAGGGACAUUGGGAAAGCGAUGUAUGUGAGCGAUGGACUUGAUGCUGGAACUGUAUUUAUCAACACAUAUAAUAAAACUGAUGUUGCAGCUCCUUUUGGGGGCUUCAAACAGUCUGGAUUUGGGAAAGAUUUGGGCGAGGAAGCUCUUCAUGAAUAUCUCCGAACCAAAGCUGUGACUGUGGAGUAUUAGAUCCUUACUACAAAAACAUCUCUUUUCUUUCAUUGGCCAUACUUAACCCGGUAUACAGCAAAGGUACAACUCAACUGUACAGACUGAACAUUUUGGUACAACUGAACUGUACAGACUGAAUCCUAGUGUACGACUCUAACUAACUUGCCUCUUAAUGAUGGCACUCCAAGAGAAGCAUAAAUCAUAACCGCAUUUAAGUUGUUGAUGCAUUGACAUCUCCACAUGCCUCAAUGUCUUAAUAUACCUCGAAUAAUCACUUCUUGGUGGUUUUAAAAUCUCAGCUCAAGUUUCUGCUUUACAUGCAAUCACCUAUUCGGAUGCAAACUAUGUUCAAAAUUGCACUAGCUCUCAGAAGCGUUUUAUGCUCAAACUCAUUUGUAUGCUGGACAUAAAAUCUUCCAUGAACUGGUGCAUUCAGGCAGUGUAUUAAAACUUUUCCUAUAAAUUUACAUUAAAAAUGUUCCUUAAUAUAUUUAGUGGUAACCUGGUGCAGUUUUAUUAACAGAGCUGCUAAUGGGUUUAUCACAAAAAAGCAUUUUUAAUCAGUAUCUAAUCCACCACUUUGUUUUAAGUAACUGAAAAUGACUUUUAAAAAACUAUAUUCAUCAUUUGCUAGUUACAUUGGUUUACAAUAGUCAGUUUCAUUGUAAAUUUUAAAAGGUGCCUAUAAGUAUCCUCACAACUUUAAAAUAAAAGAGAGAGAGCUUAAUAUUAAGAGCUUCCUUAAUGGUCUAAAAAUGGGUGCAAUCACAGAAGCUCACCAUGGUGAUUAAUUCAGUCUGGGGAAAUGGGCAGUUCUUUGGGCAGACACAAGUGAUUUGUAACCAGCUCCAAAGAUCAUGGCAAUUCGAUUUGCACUGGACGUAAUUUGCACUUGAAAGCCCUCAAACUUUUAUGCUGGAUUUUGGGCUGAAUUGUGCUGGAAAAAUCAGUGCAACUUUUGGUAUCUUUUAAUUGUGCAACUUUAAUGAAAAUUUAAAAAGGUAAUUUAUUUUGUCCAACAAAACCUGACAUGAAGGAAAAGAUGGUGACAUCAAAUUGUAAACAUCUUAUUGCAUAAUAAUAACAGAAAUAUGUGUUGCUUUAUUUUGUCCAAAUAUUGAUGCUGCCAAAUGUCACUGUAGAUUUCUUUGCACAUGAUCACAAUGAAGUGCCCUUAAUUUGGAUCUUUUUAAAGGAGUAUAGAAGACAGCAUGAUAGCAUUUGAACUAUGCGCAAUAAGCUUUAAGUCAAAAUAGUUUCAACAUUUUGUACCUCCAGAUUUGAAUGUCUGUUCUCUGGAAAUGAUGUAUGUUCGCUCUGUAAGGCGUAUGUAUCAAGACUGUGCUCCAUAAUAUGUCUGUAAUGUCAUAUAAAUACUGGUUAAUCCAGUAUUCCCAUGUGUCCUAAAGUAUGUUACAUCUAUUGUUCAAACGUUCUGUUCAAGAACACCUGGUUCAUUUGUGUAUGAACUAGAUUUCUUUUGCUUGAAUUCCUAAACCAGCAAUAUACCUGCUUUAGUAGUGAUUGUAGUCUGUCUGCCCAUUGGAAAGCAAUCCCAAAGUUCCUGUGGAAAGGUCACAGAAUUUUAGUCUUCUUUUCCCAGAAAGUAGUGAGCCGCUGGAAUACAUUGGUGCCUGGGAGAUCUCCCUCUGCCUUCAGGAGGGAGUGAGACUAGUUCCUCACUGAGCCAGAGAUCACAUCUUAUAGAAGCUAAGUGUCUUCACAGAAAACGGUUGGGCUGGCACUGGGUCCUUGGAUUUAAAGUGUGACAGUGAAUUGUUGUUUGAUUGGAAGCUUUGUAUUGUUGAGAUGCUAAACUGAAGGAUAUGAAAAGACCAACUGGUCCUUCAAGACUGCCCCACACAUCACAAUGGCUGGAGCAUUGUGACUGGAUGCUUCCACUCCCGCAAUCAUGUGAUCUCCUGGGCAAGGCAAAAAAGAAAAAGAACGGACAAUAAGCGAAUAAAAUACUCUGGUAAAUUAUUUUCCAAUUUCCCGGAUUGAGACUAAUCCGGGAGAUUCCAAAGCCCAAUUGUUUUCUGUGAAGAUGUGAUCUCUGGCUCAGUGAGGAACU